ACAACGCCGCUGAAAUGGCUGUCACCGGCGGCGACGAUUUGCCGUACUUCAAUGACGAAUUGGAGCUCAGAGAGUUCGGCCGGCGGCCCACUCUCGGCGAGCUCCUGAAGCGAGUGGAAGAUGCACAGUCGCCGGACCACCAUGUCCUCGACGUUAGUUAUGGGUGUAGGUACCCGGCGGCGGCGCCGUUGUUGUAUCCUUUCAAGCUGUCGUUUAGGAAUCUGAGUUACAGUGUGAAAGUUCGGCGGAGAGGAGGUGGUUCGUCGGUGCCGGAGAAUUUGGCGGCGGAGGGGAAUGGUGGAAGGGUGAAGUUGUUGCUUAAUGAUAUCUCCGGCGAGGCGAGGGAAGGGGAAAUUAUGGCGGUGCUUGGUGCUAGUGGGUCUGGGAAAUCUACGCUCAUCGAUGCUCUCGCCGAUCGGAUUGCAAAAGGGAAGUUGAAAGGGACAGUGAGAUUAAACAAUGAAAUUUUGGAAUCUGGAUUAUUGAAAGUAAUCUCUGCGUAUGUUAUGCAAGACGACCUUCUAUUUCCGAUGCUAACAGUGGAAGAAACUCUCAUGUUCUCGGCCGAGUUUCGGCUACCUCGAUCCCUCUCAAAAUCCAAGAAGAAAGCUAGAGUUCAAGCCCUAAUCGAUCAAUUAGGUCUAACAACCGCCGCAAACACCGUCAUCGGUGACGAAGGCCACCGCGGCGUCUCCGGCGGAGAACGGCGCCGCGUCUCAAUCGGAAUCGACAUUAUUCACGAUCCGAUACUCUUGUUCCUCGAUGAACCUACCUCAGGCCUCGAUUCCACCAGCGCUUUCAUGGUUGUCAAAGUUUUGCAAAGAAUCGCUCAGAGCGGAAGCAUUGUGAUAAUGUCCAUUCAUCAGCCAAGUUACCGAAUCCUCUCUUUACUCGAUCGAUUGAUCUUCCUCUCCCAUGGAGAAACUGUUUAUAGCGGCUCUCCGAUGGAUUUACCUAAUUUUUUGGCCGAGUUUGGACAUCCGAUUCCAGGAAACGAAAAUCGGACGGAAUUUGCCUUGGAUUUGGUUCGAGAUCUGGAAGAAACCGCUGGUGGGACGAAAUCCAUGGUUGAACACAACAAAUCGUGGCAGAGGAAGACGAAGAUUCACUCUGAAGGUAACGAGAUUCAUCGAUUUCAUCUCUGUCUCAAAGACGCCAUUAGCGCGAGCAUUUCUAAAGGGAAAUUGGUCUCGGGCGCUCCAACUGAUUCGAAUCGUUCAUCUUCGUUCUCCAAAUUUUCAAAUCCUCUUUGGACUGAGAUUUUAGUGAUAGCGAAACGAUCGAUUAUGAAUUCAAGGAGAAUGCCAGAGCUAUUUGGAAUUAGAUUAGGCGCUGUUCUAAUCACUGGAGUAAUUUUAGCUACCAUGUUUUGGCAUCUCGAUAAUUCCCCUAAAGGCAUUCAAGAACGCUUAGGGUUCUUCGCCUUCGCCAUGUCCACAACCUUCUACACCUGUGCAGAGGCCAUCCCUGUUUUCCUUCAAGAACGAUACAUUUUCAUGAGAGAAACAGCUUACAACGCUUACCGUCGAUCUUCAUACGUUCUUGCACAUUCAUUAAUCUCCAUUCCAUCACUGAUUAUCCUUUCUCUAACCUUCGCCGGAACGACGUAUUUCGCCGUCGGUCUUGCUGGUGGCUUCUCCGGCUUUGUUUUCUUCUUCUUCGCCGUACUUAGCGCAUUUUGGGCCGGAAGUUCGUUUGUAACCUUUCUAUCCGGUGUUGUUUCUCAUGUAAUGUUGGGCUACACCGUCGUGGUCGCCAUUUUAGCGUAUUUUCUUCUCUUCAGCGGCUUCUUCCUCAGUCGGGAUCGGAUGCCGCCGUACUGGAUCUGGUUCCAUUACAUGUCGUUGGUGAAGUAUCCGUACGAAGCGGUGUUGCAGAACGAGUUUGGGAAGGAAUCGGAGUGUUUCAUCCGCGGCGUUCAGAUGUUCGACAAUACGCCGCUUGCGGCGGUGCCGACGACGGUGAAGAUGGAGCUGGUGAAGAGCAUGGGGAAGACGUUGGGGUUUAACAUCACUGGAUCCACUUGCGUUACUACUGGGUUUGAUGUAUUGAGGCAACAGGGGAUUACGGAUUUGAGCAAAUGGAAUUGCAUUUGGAUCAGUAUGGCUUGGGGAUUCUUUUUCAGGAUUCUGUUUUACUUUGCUCUCUUGUUUGGUAGUAAAAACAAGAGAAACUGAAAAUAUACUUUGAUAAAGAAGAUCAUUUAUGAUAGCCAUCCACUCUCCAUAUUUUAUUGAUAUUU